AUGGGGGCUCCUAUUGCACUCAACCACGUCCCCUUGGACCCUCACGGGGCUCUGUCGUCAAAGGACACCACCAGAGCCCAUAAGCUUCACAUUGGAACUCACCUUGUCCUUUUCCAGAUCUUCUACGGUUCCAUCCGUCGAGUUUCGCAUCACAAACACGGGCUCGUGCCCUUCAUCUUGCGUCUACAUCAUCCGUAUCCAGACUUCAGCACCAUCGCAAACCGAGCCAUAACCACGCUGGACAGCAUUGUCAACUGGGCCCGCCAAGGCUCUUUCUGGCCCUUGUCGUUCGGCCUGGCCUGCUGCAGUGUGGAGAUGAUGCAUGUGUCAAUGCCGCGUUAUGACCAGGAUCGUCUCGGCAUCAUCUUCCGCGCUUCGCCUCGACAAGCUGAUGUCAUGAUCGUGGCUGGAACGGUCACAAACAAGAUGGCGCCUGCUCUUCGACAAUGCUACGACCAGAUGCCAGACCCGAAAUGGGUAAUCAGCAUGGGAAGCUGUGCUAAUGGGGGCGGCUAUUAUCACUACAGCAAAGCAGAGAAGGACGAAGAUUACGAGGAUGUGGUAUAG